AUGAGUGAAGAUUUAACUACAAAGACUGAAGAAUUAUCAUUAGAAAAUAAUAAAACAGUAUUUGAUUCAAAAGAAAAUUUUAAUUCAAAACAUCCUUUAAAUAAUAAAUGGACUUUGUGGUAUACAAAACCUCAAACAAACAAAUCAGAACAAUGGCAUGAACUUUUAAAACCAGUUAUUACUUUUGCAUCAGUCGAAGAAUUUUGGGGUAUUUAUAAUUCAAUUCCUCAAGCUAAUCAAUUACCUUUAAAAUCAGAUUAUCAUUUAUUUAAAGAAGGUAUUCGUCCAGAAUGGGAAGAUGAUCAAAAUAGUAAAGGUGGUAAAUUUCAAUAUAGUUUUAAUAAAAAAGAAGUUCAAUCUAUAAUUUCAGAUUUAUGGUUACGUGGUUUAUUAGCUUUAAUAGGGGAAACUAUUGAAGAAGAAGAAAAUUUAGUUAACGGGAUAGUUUUAAAUGUUAGAAAACUGAAUAUUAGAAUUGGUUUAUGGGUUGCAAAUGUACAAGAUUUAGAUUCAUUAAAAUCAAUUGGUGAAAAAUUAAAGAAAAUUUUACAAUUGAAUGAAAAUUCAAAAUUAGAAUUAACUUCUCAUGAUGAAAAGAUAAAAGAUCCUUUAUUAGUUGUAUAA